CAAUCAGAGAGCAGACUGAUUUGACCCAGCCCUUCUUCUGCAGGGAAGCACUUGAUGGUGCCACGGUUAAAUUCUAAUACCGAAAGUGUCUCACGGUACGUACGCCGCUGAAAUGGCUGCUGCGGCUACAGAAGAAACACCCGCACUGAGUGUUGAGAACGAUGUACUGCCCAUAGAGACAAACGAGGGCAACGGUGAGGAUAAAGAAAAGGGCCUUACCGAACCGGAAACAGAAGAACCACGUACUAGUGUAGAACCGAAAAUGGAAGAGGUGGACGCGGAGGCCGGCGAAGAGAAGCCCGCUGCAGCGGCAGACAAGGCCGCGAGCGAGGCGGUUACAGACGACAGUGCUAUAACGGUCAACCAGGAGGCGACAGCCGCUCCUGAAGAACCGGAGCGAAAGCCAGAGUCACAGCAAAGCCCGGGAGAUGGUAACAACGAACCCGCAAACGAUAACGCAAUGAAAGAAACGAAGGAGGAGCCAGGAGAGGACAGCCUGUGUUCGGGGAUAGACUGCGAAAAGAGCAAAACAGUUUGUGAAGAUGGUGAGAAACCCAGCGGCGGUUGCGGGGAGUUGGGAGACAAGAGGCGGCCGAGUGUGGAGAUAUCGUCCUCGGAUGGUGAACCGCUGAGCCGUAUGGACUCUGAGGACAGUAUCAGCAGUACCCUGAUGGAGAUGGAGAGCACCGUGUCCAGUGGGCGCUCCACCCCUGCUAUGAUGAAUGGACAGAGCAGCGCGAGCUCCUCCGGGGCUAAGACAGUGGCUUACCCCUGCUGCUGGGACCUCUGUCCACAGUGCUUCAACUCCAGUCCUGAUCUGGCAGAGCAUAUCAGGGGCAUUCAUGUUGAUGGGCAGAGAGGAGGGGUGUUUGUGUGUCUAUGGAAGGGUUGUAAGGUGUAUAACACACCGUCCACCAGUCAAAGUUGGCUCCAGAGGCACAUGUUGACCCACAGUGGAGAUAAGCCCUUCAAGUGUGUAGUUGGUGGCUGCAACGCCAGCUUUGCUUCCCAAGGAGGGUUAGCUCGCCAUGUCCCCAGCCACUUCAGCCAGCAGAGCUCGUCCAAAAUGUCCAGCCAGGCCAAACUAAAAGAGGAGUCACCCUCCAAGGCUGGACUCAACAAGAGGAAGAAACUCAAGAACAAACGCAGGUGCUCCCUACGUACGUACCUAACAGCGAGGCCCCACGACUUCUUUGAUGCCCAAACCAUGGAUGCUAUUCGCCACCGGGCCAUCUGUCUUAACCUCACCACCCACAUUGAAAGUGUGGGCAAUGGCCACAGUGUGGUCUUUCACAGCACGUUCCACUAGGGAGCACUCCUGUUCAAGACCCAUAAAUGCAUGACGGUGGAAAAAAGGGUCAUCAUGCUGCCUAAUUCCCCCUUCUUUUACAUACUGUACAUCUACAAACCCACACAAUCCCACUGACUUGUUUCUCAGCACAGUCCCUCAUUAUAUUCAUAUAGAAAUAUACUCUUUAGUCAGUGGCAGUGAUUCUGUUUACAGUGGUUACCUUAGGGAAGAAAUUUGGCCUGCAUUAUCAGUUUCUAGCACUCUGCAGAGAAAAUUUGCCAUUAGGUAUCCCCCCCCAAUGAGUUAACUUUUAUAUAGUUUAUAGGUAUGGGCAGUAUUGUUGAAAUUAUCAUGAUAUAAAUAAGGAUCUUUUCUGACAUCAAUAGAUUUCACAAUAUGGCAAAUGUAUGCAAAAUAAUGUAGAGGACCCACGAUGGGUAACAGAUGAUGUAAGUGUGUGAUACACCUGCAGGUUAUACAGGUGUCUCUAAUACAUGAAUGUACAGUUUCAUCAUGCAAACAGAUAGCCAUGAAGCCAUGUCAUGCAUCUCUUUCAUAUUACAUCGAUUUCCACUGGCAAUAAUUUAAGCAUUUCUGAAACUGUGCUGUGUUGACUGCAGUUUUAGACUGUGAAGGCUUCUGUUCAUGUUAAAGUGUAAUUAGAGUGUUGACAUCAGUGCUAUCCUCAUUACAGUGUUGUUCUGCUCUUAGCUCAGUCCCUUUCAACUCUUUUCUGCUCUGCUCCUACAAACCUCAACUGCUCACCAGCAGCCAAGAAUUUUAAAAUAAAAGCUCAGGGAAAAAAAAGAUAAAGAUAAAGCUUGGGAAGAGGUUAAGAGAGGUAACCGCAUAUUUGGACACAGACGGAGGAGGAGGAAGAGCCAGCCAGAGGAGGGAGAGUAACAAAUGGAGAGAAACAGAGACUUGGAGAGAAAAAACAAGGAAAGGGGGUUAAGUGAAGGUUAGGUUCAUGGAAUCGGAAGGAGAUCUGGCCUGUUGGGCAUACAUUCUCCUUCUCUCUAACCUCUGGAGGAUUGCGGUGAAGAAGGACUGCGGCACUGCGUCAGACCCCAGGCCCCAAUGGACCCUCCCAGGCCUGGGGAGAUGGAGCAGAGCUGUGGGGUUCUGUGGAGUUUGGCCAGCGGGCCUGCUGACACGCCAGAGCAACUCAGUCAUGUUUAUGAUGGGAUAUUUUUGUUAUUGCGCCAAUCUGCGUCAUCCACAGCUUGACCCCCUGACACUAGACAGGCACCCAGUUUUAGCAGGCCUGCCCUCCCCCGGCUUUGGUCCUGCAGUUUUCACUGCCUCGUUUUGGAGCCACACUAAUAUCCACUAUUCACUCCCUAUUUCCUCCUGCUGUCUCUCCCUCCCUCCCUCCCUCUCUUGGGUCUAUUGAGGAUUAAGAUCUGUCCCUUAAAGCACAACUUCCAUCAUCAAACCACUCAGCUCACAAAUCACUUCAUGCUGCUUAAACACAAGCCCACUUCUUCAUCUUCAGCCUUUACAUACAUGGUCAUGGCCUCUUCAAGUGCAGCCUGGGCUUGUGAUUAUUAACCUGGUGCUGUGAGGAGCCUGAGGGCACAGGUUAACAGCUAUGCAUUUUUAAUUAAAAGGGUAGUAAAGCAGCUGCUGGUGUACUGAGUCUUAUCCGCAAGGCUUGAGACACUUAUCGUAGGGCCCAUUGCAGCCAGCACAGGAUUCAGGCUAAAUGCUGCAGCUAACAAAUAAAGUAUAAUGUAUUAUUAUAGGUUAUGAUAAGGGGUGAAAUUCACAAACUAGAAGUGUAUAAAGUCGUUAAAAUGAGCCACACCUUUACCAGCUGCAACAUUAAAGUGAUGUACACAUUAAUGCAUCAAUGAUUAUAAUUCACUAUUAUAAUAUACAUUAUUCUGAAAUGCAUGAUAUAUCUGCAUAAUGAGUACCAUUAUUUUUGGUACUUUAAGUAUAGUUUGAUGCUAAUACAUUUGUACUUUUACUUAAGUAAAAUUUCAAAUGCAGGACAUGUAACAAAGUAUUUCCACACUGUGGUAUUGCUACUUUUACUUAAGUAAAAGAUCUGAGUACUUUUUGCACCGCUGACAACAUUGCAGUCUAACCAAUGACAUCAUACCUCCAUGUUCCUGUUCUGUGUCACAGAGCAACGUCCACUCCAUGUAUCACUCUGUCCCAGCCAGAUGCAGAUAUCUCCACUGGUUUUUGCCUACAAAGUCAGACUGUACUAUGCAUGUUUGUUUUUAUAGGUCAUACGAAGGGUGCUCAGUCAUUUUUCUCACUUUAAUCACUCAUGCUGUUACUGCUGCUUUGCUCUGCCUACUUGUUCUCUUUUCCACUCUAAGGAGUUUUACGCCUGAACACUAUAUUACAGACAAGAGGCAACAACAUGGUUGAUUUGCCAACUUGGCUGCUGUUUGCAAAGCUUCUCACAGACAAAUAUUAAGGCACCAAGCCAGCAACAACAAAAUUCAUAUCUGCUAACCAAGCCUAAACAUUUCUUCCAAAAAGUUAAUCAAACUGAAACUAAACGUGUCUGUGUCAGGUUUGCUUUCCUCAAAACCUCUGCCAGAAAGCUGUAUACCUGGAAGCUUAUCAAAAUAUAAAUAUAGAUUUGCACAAACACUCUUCUUGCCCCUCCUGAAUUCACAGCAAAAUGGGUCGGGGGUAUUUUCUAACAUACUAGCACAGAGAAAGUAUGGAAAGAGACAAAUACAUUUUUUUGCUUAGUGCCAGACAGAAGACAAAAAUAAUUUGCAUAAAAAUAUCAGAUCAGUGAGAUGAGAAAACUGACUGAGGUUCCUAAAAACAAAGAAAUUAAUACAUGUUUUGGCUCAAAUUGGGAGGUCAAGAAAAGCUGUAAGAUGAAGAUGUGAGUGAUUCUAGGUCUCUGUCUCCUGUCUCAGUGGAGCCUCCUCCCUCCUGUCCUCAAACCAGUUUCCAUCAAUGCCGCAGUCAGCCCCUGGAGUCACAAAAAUAAUUUCAGAUAUGCAUGUGCGUAAUAGAAGUUCUUCACAUGUGAGCUCAUUCCCUAUCCUAAAAAUAGACAUUCCUAACAAUAAAGAGCCAAUUGACGCAAGAUGUUAUAUCUGUGGCUAUUUUUGACACCCCUGGUUAUUUUUCUAGCUUUUCUUUUCCCUACUGACAAUAUUUGUGUGAAUUCCAGACCAGUUUUACUAUAAACCAACACAGCAUGAUAGAUGAAAUGUUAUGCAUUUGUUGUUGUCUCAACUGUAUUUUUACAAGAAGGAAGCCCUUGAAGUUUGAGGUUGUGUUGGCUGAUUAAGUCUUGAGUAGUUAAACCAGGUAACAAAACAAAGAUAAAAUUAACACAACUUGCCAAGUUACUGCAGUAAACGUUAGAAAGUGGGUAUUGGUCUCCAUCAGACGCACUCCUGUCUGAAGCGUUGAAGUGUCUGGUGCUGACAUAAUCCAUAACAAAGAGCAGUGACUUGUUUAUAGUGAUAACUGCUCACCCCAUGUCUAUCUUCUUGGCAAUCAAGAAUGUCAGCUGGGAUAAACAAUUCUCAGUUAAGUCCGGAGGUAGGAGGACAUAUCUAACUUUGUCUGAAUUUGAAUUCCUUGGUCUUACAGUAUGUUGCAGGGGAAUGUGGGAUGGAUCCUGUUGAAAAUAGAAAUCUAACUGAGCUCUUGCAUGCAUUAUUAAAAGUGCUCACAUUGCUUAUUAGUGUAAUGAUCAGCCACUGUAUCACUUGGUGGGAUGUUUGAAGCAUGUAGCCUCAUUAUUCAUUAGAGAGAUGAGGCCAGGAUAGGGGCAUGUCUUUGAAGCCUGUUCUCAACAGACAAGAGAGAAUGCUGCAAUAGGAGCCAAACCUGAUACAUUUAUGCUAAUCUGAUGCUUGUAAAAUCACAAACUGUUUUGAAAUUUGAAAUUAGCCAUAAUAUAUAGGUUAAAUUAUAUGCCUAUGUCAGGUUACUUGGCUGUGCAUAUGCCAAAUGCCAACAGUACGCUAGACUGACUGAGUGAAAUUACAGCGAGAAGACAGGAGUAGUCAUUUUCUUAGGUUCUGAGCACUUUUUGCGUCUUUUAUAGCUCAGCUUGUGUUUUUGCUUGAUUGUUUUUGUGCAG